AUGGCAACCUCUGCCCUGAACCUCGGAGUCAUGAACAGUAGUAACCAGUUCCACACUCAGCCAGGAUCCUCCAGCAGUGUCUCCAGAGCAAGGACCAGUCCAGUGGGUCGACCUGUGCUCCCUGUCCCCGACCGAAGCACCUACUGCCAGCUGUUGGGAGGUCUCUACAGCCCCACCAGCCCCACCAGCCCACCCACCCCCACGACAAGUCAUCAAACUCUGGGUCCAACUUUCGUCUUUCCCACCUCCCUGUGCCCAAGCCCCAACCUGCCUCGCCGCGCUCGCUCCCCUUCUCCCCGCAGUCCCGAGCUGCUGGGAGUGAAUGUGGGACGGAGAGUGAGACGCCUAAGCUCUCCCGGCUGUGAGGAGCACGGGGAAGCCGAGGGCGGCGCAGAGGAACACCCGGGGGAGAGCGAGUCCAGGGAGGAGAGGAGGAGGCAGGCCCAGUUGCUGCAGAUCCAUCGUGAGCUCCAGAACGUGGAGGUCAGAGGAAAAGUCGGUAUUUUCGAGGCCCACAUCUCCGGGAUCCGUGCCCAGGUCCACAGCGAACUCCAGCGCAGUCCCCGGUCUCCACGGCGAUCUACAGGCCUCGCCCCCUUCCCUCUCAGCCAAUCUCCAAACUCUGCACCCCAAUGCCCAAUGACACACCCACAGGAGAGCAAGGUUCCCUGUGUGGUCCCUAAUGGACAGGAAAGAGAGGAGGAAAGGCAAGAAAGUUCUGCUAAGUCGCGCACUGGGAACCAAAAUGGCAGCACGGACACAGGUUCUUCCAACCCGCUUUUGUCGGCUGAGGAUAACGUAGAGCAGCUUGGACUGAAAGAUGGAGAUGAGCUUGAAGCAAAAACAGAAAGGACAGAUCUAGACAGAAUGGAAUCGCAUCAAAAUGAGACUCAAAUGGAUGGGGUUGAAUGUGGUGUCACCCCUUUGUCGGACCACUCUUUUGCAGUCCCGCCUCCGAUCCCUGCAGUUAUAAUAACCAACCACGAAAGCCCUCUCCCAGAUGUGGAUGGACUCUGUUCGGACCAGCCAAUGUCUUGCACACCCAGCCCAGGCUCCAGUCCCGUUCCCGGGCACAACUUUUCCACACGGUCCCUGAGGAAGCUGUCGUCGUCCUCCACCUCCUCAGCUGGGUUCUCCUCGUCGUGGGAAGAGUCUGAGGAUGAUAUCUCCAGUGACACAGAGAAAGGGGACCAGCUACUCAACCCCACUCAGCUCACGUCUCAACAGAAAGCUCACAAAUCCUGGAAAAAAAUUAAAAACAUGGUCCACUGGUCGCCCUUUGUCAUGUCCUUUAAGAAGAAGUAUCCUUGGAUACAGCUGGCGGGGCAUGCAGGGAGCUUCAAGGCUGGAGCCAAUGGUCGGAUAUUAAAAAAACACUGUGACUGCGAGCAGCGCUGCCUGUCCCUCCUCAUGAAGGACGUGCUGCGGCCUUACGUGCCUGGUUACCAUGGCGAUGUGGAGAAGGACGGUCAGAAGUACAACCAGAUGGAGGAUUUGUUGGCAGAGUUUGACUGCCCGUGUGUCAUGGACUGCAAGAUGGGCGUGAGGACGUACCUUGAGGAGGAGCUGACCAAAGCUCGCAAAAAGCCGACCCCAAGACCGGAUAUGUAUCAGAAAAUGGUUGAGGUGGACCCUUCUGCCCCUACAACGGAAGAACGGGACCAGAAAGCAGUGACCAAGCCCAGAUACAUGCAGUGGAGAGAAACUAUCAGCUCCACAGCCACUUUGGGUUUCAGGAUAGAAGGUGUCAAGAAAGAGGACGGCACGGUUAACAGAGACUUCAAGAAGACAAAAACGAGGGAGCAAGUGACUGUGGCCUUCCACGACUUCGUCAAGGGAAAUAAAGACAUUCUGAAACUUUAUCUCGAACGGCUUAAAGAAAUCAGAGACACGCUAGAGACCUCUUCGUUUUUCAAAGCACAUGAGGUCAUCGGCAGCUCGCUGUUGUUCGUUCACGACAGUAAAGGACGUGCCAAAGUGUGGAUGAUCGAUUUUGGCAAAACUACGCCUCUUCGCGAUGGAGACGAGCUCAAUCAUCGCACAACGUGGCAGGAGGGGAACAGAGAAGACGGCUACUUGUCUGGACUUGAUAGUUUGGUGGACAUCUUUUCAAAUAUGGUGGACACAGCAGACUGUAAAGGGACACAAACUGGAUUACGGGCUGUCUACAGCCUCAGGAGAAGUACGUCCCAGAGUGACAUCGCUGCUCUUCGCUUUUGCUGGUGGUUGUCCACCAUGGCGACUGAUAUGAUGCUGUUGAUGCGAGGCUUGGCCAAGUUAAGCCAAGCCGUUGUAGAGAAUCAAACCAAUGCCAUACGCAGUGGAGCCGUGCCAGCAGUUGGAGCAGCAGUGGAGACCGUCCAGUUUGCUGCUGAACAGGGUUUGUCUGCUGCCAUGAUGAAGAUGCAGGAAAUCACUGGUCAGAAAACCUCACCUCCAGCCUCAGAGUUUGAUUUUCCUGAGGAUGAUGGGAUGUUUCAGGCCUCAGAGUUCAGGGAAGAAGGCGGAGAGUUUACGACCGGGCAUUCUGGAAGUGGUGAAGAGGAAGCAGCCGUAGGAGAAAGCCAUGUUAACGGGAAACACUCAAUUUUUGAAGGAUAUAAAGAUCCGUCAAAGCAGUUCACAGAUCAAACCAGAUCCUACCACCUCGACUCAGGGAGGCACUUUUUGCCAACCCAUAAUUUGUACACCCAAAGACAUCUGUGGGGACAGAUGUUGUGCCAGCAUUCGAUCCGGCAGCUCAGGACCUAUCACCAGGACCCGUCCACAGUGGGAGGUCUAACGGCAGAAGACAUUGAGAAAGCCAGGCAGAGCAAGAGGGCAGAGGCUAAACCACACAAACAAAUGUUGAGUGAGCGUGCCAGAGAGAGGAAAGUGCCUGUGACCCGACUUGGACGACUUGCCAACUUUGGAGGAUUGGCUGUUGGUUUGGGCCUUGGAGCUCUGGCAGAAGUGGCCAAAAAGACCAUUCGACUAAAUGGUGCAGAAGGUGAACACAAGAAAGCAGUUUUGGAUUCAAGUCCCUUCCUCUCUGAGGCCAAUGCUGAACGCAUCGUACGAACACUUUGUAAAGUCAGAGGAGCAGCAUUAAAGCUGGGACAAAUGCUAAGCAUUCAAGAUGAUGCUUUUAUCAACCCACAACUCGCCAAGAUCUUUGAGCGCGUGAGGCAGAGUGCUGACUUUAUGCCUAUCAAACAAAUGAUGAAAGCCUUAAAUAGUGACUUAGGUCCAAACUGGAGGGACAAACUAGAAGCAUUCGAGGAGCGUCCGUUUGCAGCCGCUUCCAUCGGUCAGGUUCAUUUGGCCCGUAUGAAGGACGGCAGAGAGGUGGCCAUGAAAAUACAGUACCCUGGUGUAGCUCAAAGUAUCAACAGCGAUGUCAACAACCUGAUGACAGUUCUGCACAUGAGCAACGCACUGCCUGAAGGCCUCUUUCCAGAUCACCUUAUUCACGUAAUGAGAAAAGAGCUCACACUUGAGUGUGACUACAUCAGAGAGGCCCAAUGUGCAAAGAAGUUUAAGGAGCUGCUAAAGGAUGAUUCAUUCUUCUAUGUGCCGGAUGUGAUCGAUGAGUUAAGCAGUGGCCAUGUCCUCACCACUGAACUCGUCCCUGGUUUUCCUCUGGAUCAAGCGGACACUCUCUCCCAGGAUCUAAAGAAUGAGAUCUGUCAGAAUAUCUUGAUGUUGUGUCUCAGAGAGCUCUUUGAGUUCCGCUACAUGCAAACCGACCCAAACUGGUCCAACUUCUUUUAUGACCCACAAACACACAGGGUGGCGCUGUUGGACUUCGGUGCAACAAGAGGAUUUGAUCAGAGUUUCACGGAUGUCUACAUUGAGGUAAUCCGAGCAGCUGCUGAAGGCGACAGAGAAGGAGUUCUGAAGAAAUCUAUAGAUAUGAAGUUCUUGACUGGAUAUGAAUCCAAGCCAAUGAUAAACGCUCAUGUUGAUGCUGUGAUGAUCUUGGGCGAGGCCUUUAACUCCAGCAAGUUCUUCCACUUCGGGGCCCAGUCCACAACCGAGCGCAUCCACAACCUUAUCCCUGUCAUGCUCAAACACAGGCUGACCCCGCCCCCGGAGGAGACAUAUUCCCUGCACCGCAAGAUGGGAGGAUCCUUUCUCAUCUGCUCCAAGCUCGACGCACAACUCAAGUGCAAGGAUAUGUUCCAGAAAGCCUACAACAAGUACUGGGAGGGCCGGACCAAACCAGCAGCAUGA